AUGGCGACAGCCGCAGUUACUCCCGACUCUUUUCUAUAUCUGCAGUUCACUGACAGCUGUCCGGGCCGCUGUUGAUGCGAGAAAAAAGCUGCAUGUCUGGGAUGGAAAACAAAUAAAGAGGAAAUAGCUGCAGGAUGAAAACAUGGCCGCACCCCUUAUGGCACCCCCAGGACCUGACAGCUUCAAGAAAUUCACCCCAGAGUCGCUUGAGAACAUCGAGAAGCGCAUCAAUGAUGAGAAAAACAAGAAGCCGCCCAAGCCCAGAUCAGACAGUAGUCACCGUGACACAUCUGACGAAAAUGAGCCCAAGCCAAACAGUGACCUGGAGGCUGGGAAGAGCGUGCCGUUCAUCUACGGUGAUCUUCCUAAUGGAAUGUCGGCCACGCCGCUGGAGGAUUUGGACCCCUACUACUUGAACAAGAAAACAUUUAUAGUCAUAAACAAAGGGAAAACAAUCUUCCGCUUCAGUGCCACGCCCUCCUUGUACAUCUUAAGCCCUUUUAAUCUACUUAGGCGAAUAGCUAUUAAGAUUUUGAUACAUUCGUUAUUCAGCAUGAUCAUCAUGUGUACGAUUUUGACCAACUGUAUAUUCAUGACAUUUAGUGACCCUCCGGAGUGGUCAAAACAAGUAGAGUAUACCUUCACAGGUAUCUAUACGUUUGAGUCACUCACAAAAAUUGUUGCCCGAGGCUUCUGUAUAGAUGGGUUCACCUUUCUCAGAGACCCAUGGAACUGGCUGGAUUUCAUGGUCAUCUCAAUGGCAUAUGUAACAGAGUUUGUGGACCUUGGGAAUGUCUCGGCGCUGAGAACGUUCAGGGUUCUCCGAGCAUUGAAAACAAUUUCUGUCAUUCCAGGCCUGAAGACCAUUGUGGGCGCUCUGAUCCAGUCUGUGAAGAAGCUGUCAGAUGUGAUGAUCCUGACCGUCUUCUGUCUCAGCGUCUUCGCUCUGAUUGGACUGCAGCUCUUCAUGGGGAACCUGCGGAACAAAUGUGUGUACUGGCCAAUCAACAUGACUGAGCAGUACCUGCCAAACGGCAGCAGGGGCUUUGACUGGAACGUAUACAUCAUGAACAAAAGUAAUUUCUACUUCCUCCACAAUCAGUUGGAUGCUCUAUUAUGUGGGAAUAGUACUGACUCAGGAGAUUGUCCAGAGGGAUAUACUUGUAUGAAAGCCGGAGUGAACCCCAACUACGGUUACACCAGCUUUGACAGCUUUGGAUGGGCUUUCCUCACACUAUUUCGACUCAUGACCCAGGACUUCUGGGAAAAUCUCUACAUGCUGACUCUGCGAGCAGCAGGGAAGACUUACAUGAUCUUCUUUGUGCUGGUCAUCUUCGUGGGCUCCUUCUACCUGGUGAAUCUCAUCUUGGCUGUGGUGGCCAUGGCUUAUGAGGAGCAGAACCAGGCCACUAUUGAGGAGGCAGAGCAGAAAGAGGCUGAAUUCAAGGCAAUGCUUGAGCAGCUGAAGAGGCAGCAGGAGGAAACACAGGCGGCUGCCAUGGCGACAUCUGCAGGCACUGUGUCUGAGGCUGCGUUAGAGGAUGAAGGAGGGGGGCCCUUGUCCCGCAGCUCCUCUGAGGUUUCCAAGCUGAGCUCCAAGAGUGCCAAGGAACGUCGCAAUCGCAAAAAGAAAUGGCGUCAGAAAGAGCAAGAGAAAGAGAAGGGAGACAGUGAAAAGGUUGUUAAGUCUGAGUCAGAUGAUGGGAGCAAGAAAAGCACCAUUCGUUUCCCCGGAAGCCGGCUGGGGAGGAAGACAUCCAUCAUGAACCAGUCACUACUGAGCAUCCCAGGGUCGCCCUUCAUGUCCCGCCACAACAGCCGCAGCAGCAUCUUCAGCUUCAAAGGCCGUUCCAAGGACAUGGGCUCAGAGAACGAGUUUGCAGAUGAUGAGCAUAGUACUGUUGAGGAGAGCGAAGACCGUCGGGGCUCCCUGUUUAUCCCUUACCGCCGCAACAGCUAUAGUGGUUACAGCCAAGGCUCAUCACGCAUCCACCCACUGGCACCCCACUCUGGAGGGAAGAGGAACAGCACAGUGGACUGCAAUGGCGUGGUGUCUCUCAUAGGACCUGGGCCCGGCAGACGGCUUCUGCCUGAGGUGAAAAUAGAUAAGGCAGCCACUGAUGACAGUACUACAGACGUGGAGAUUAAGAAGAAGCAAUCUGGCUCUCUCAUGGUCUCUGUGGAUCAGCUCAACUCCUCGUUCAAAGGAAAGGACCGGGCCAACAGUCAGAUGAGUGUCGUCACCAACACACUGUUAGAGGAGUUGGAGGAGUCUCAGAGGAAGUGUCCUCCCUGUUGGUACAAGUUCGCCAACAUCUUCCUCAUCUGGGAGUGCUUUCCCAUGUGGCUGAAGAUCAAACACAUUGUCUACUUGAUUGUCAUGGACCCAUUUGUUGACUUGGCCAUCACCAUCUGCAUUGUCCUCAAUACCCUCUUUAUGGCCAUGGAGCACUACCCCAUGACUGAAGAAUUUGAGGGGGUUCUGUCCGUUGGUAACCUGGUUUUCACAGGCAUCUUUGCUGGGGAGAUGUUUGCCAAGCUGAUUGCCAUGGAUCCCUACUACUACUUUCAGGAAGGCUGGAACUGCUUUGAUGGCUUCAUCGUGACUCUGAGUUUAGUGGAGCUGGGACUGGCGGAUGUGGAAGGUCUGUCAGUGCUCAGGUCCUUCCGAUUGUUAAGAGUGUUCAAAUUGGCCAAAUCGUGGCCCACCCUCAACAUGCUGAUCAAGAUCAUCGGUAACUCGGUGGGAGCUCUGGGUAAUCUGACCCUGGUGCUAGCCAUCAUCGUCUUCAUCUUCGCCGUGGUGGGCAUGCAGCUCUUUGGCAAAAGCUACAAGGACUGUGUGUGUAAGAUCGCAGAGGAAUGCGUGCUGCCUCGCUGGCACAUGAACGACUUCUUCCACUCCUUCCUGAUUGUGUUCAGAGUGUUGUGUGGGGAGUGGAUUGAGACCAUGUGGGACUGUAUGGAGGUGGCGGGACAGACCAUGUGUCUCACUGUCUUCAUGAUGGUCAUGGUCAUCGGAAACCUGGUGGUACUGAAUCUGUUCCUGGCCUUGCUACUGAGCUCAUUCAGUGCCGACAACCUUGCCGCCACAGAUGAUGAUGGGGAGCCCAACAACCUCCAGCUGGCAGUCGCCCGCAUUAAGAUAGGGAUUGCCUGGUUCAAGGCCAACAUGCGAGUCUUUGUGGCCACAGUUCUUAAGAAGCCUAUAGAGGACGAACAGAAGCCUCUGGAUGAUAUGUAUGAAAAGAAGCUCAACUGCAUCGCAAACCACACGGUGGACAUCAACCGUGAACUGGACUAUGCCAAAAACGGCAAUGGCACCACCAGUGGCAUUGGAAGCAGUGUGGGGAAGUAUAUGAUUGAUGAGGACUACAUGUCCUUCAUCCAUAACCCCAACCUUACUGUUUGUGUUCCCAUUGCGGUCGGGGAGUCGGACUUUGAAAAUUUGAAUACAGAAGACUUCAGCAGUGAAUCAGACGUGGAGAACAGCAAAGAUCUGGAUGACACCAGUUCGUCUGAGGGCAGCACAAUAGACAUCAAGCCUGAUGUGGAGGAGGUGGCGGUCGUGGAGGUGGUAGAGGAGUACCUUGACCCAGAUGCCUGCUGGACAGAUGAAUGUGUGGCCAAAUACAAGUGCUGUGAUGUUCCCAUCACUCACGGCUGGGGGAAACACUGGUGGUUCCUGAGAAAGACCUGCUACCUGAUCGUAGAACACAACUGGUUUGAAACCCUCAUCAUCUUCAUGAUCCUGCUCAGCAGUGGCGCAUUGGCCUUCGAGGAUGUGUACAUUGAACAGAGGAAGACAGUCAAAAUCAUUCUGGAGUACGCUGAUCGUGUUUUCACCUACAUCUUCAUUCUGGAGAUGUUGCUCAAAUGGGUGGCCUACGGCUUUGUCAAGUACUUCACUAAUGCCUGGUGUUGGUUGGACUUCUUCAUUGUGGAUGUGUCUAUAGUCAGCCUUAUAGCUAAUGCAUUGGGCUACUCCGAUCUAGGUCCGAUUAAAUCACUCAGGACACUGAGGGCCUUGAGACCCCUCAGGGCCCUGUCACGUUUUGAAGGGAUGAGGGUGGUGGUGAACGCCCUGGUGGGUGCGAUCCCCUCCAUCAUGAACGUUCUGCUGGUGUGUCUCAUCUUCUGGCUCAUCUUCAGCAUUAUGGGCGUCAACCUGUUCGCUGGGAAGUAUUACUACUGUUUCAAUGACACGGCUGAGGAUUACUUCCACCCCGAUGACGUCAACAACAAAUCUGACUGUUUUGCCCUCAUUAAUGCAAACUUCUCAGAAGUCAGAUGGAGAAACGUCAAGAUCAAUUUUGACAAUGUGGGUGCUGGAUACCUUGCGCUCCUGCAAGUGGCAACAUUCAAAGGCUGGAUGGACAUUAUGUAUGCAGCAAUAGAUUCUAGAAAGGUGGGGGACCAGCCCCGUUAUGAGGACAACUUAUACAUGUACAUCUACUUUGUCAUCUUCAUCAUCUUUGGCUCGUUCUUCACACUGAACCUCUUCAUUGGUGUCAUCAUUGACAACUUCAACCAGCAAAAGAAAAAGUUUGGAGGUCAGGAUAUCUUCAUGACAGAAGAGCAGAAGAAAUACUACAAUGCCAUGAAGAAACUAGGGUCAAAGAAACCACAAAAACCGAUACCCAGGCCUCAGAACAAUAUCCAGGGCAUGGUGUUUGACUUUGUGACGCAGCAGGUGUUUGACAUCUCCAUCAUGGUCCUCAUCUGCCUCAACAUGGUCACCAUGAUGGUGGAGACGGACGAUCAGUCCAAGGACACUGAGGAAGUGCUCUACUGGGUCAACUUCAUCUUCAUUGUGGUAUUCACGGCCGAGUUUGUACUCAAGCUCUUUGCACUGCGUCACUACUACUUCACCAAUGGCUGGAACAUCUUUGACGUGGUUGUGGUCAUCCUUUCAAUUGUGGGAAUGUUUUUGGCCGACCUGAUUGAGAAGUACUUUGUGUCGCCGACGCUCUUCAGGGUGAUUCGUCUGGCUCGUAUUGGCAGGAUCCUGCGUCUCAUCAAGGGCGCCAAAGGAAUCAGAACUCUUCUGUUCGCCCUCAUGAUGUCGCUCCCUGCCUUGUUCAACAUCGGCCUGCUACUUUUCCUGGUUAUGUUCAUCUUCUCCAUCUUCGGCAUGUCCAACUUUGGCUAUGUGAAGCACGGGGCUGGAAUCGAUGACAUGUACAACUUUGAGACGUUCGGCAACAGCAUGAUCAUCCUGUUUAUGAUCACCACGUCAGCUGGCUGGGACGGCCUGCUGCUGCCCAUUCUGAACUACCCUCCAGACUGUAACCCUAAAUUAGAGAAUCCUGGUACGCCCGCUACAGGAGACUGUGGGAACCCUUCUGUGGGCAUCUUCUUCUUUGUUAUGUACAUUAUCAUUUCUUUCCUAAUUGUAGUCAACAUGUACAUCGCCAUCAUCCUGGAGAACUUCAGUGUAGCCACAGAGGAGAGUGCCGACCCACUCAGUGAGGACGACUUUGAGACCUUUUAUGAGAUUUGGGAGAAGUUCGACCCCGAUGCCUCUCAGUUCAUCACCUAUGCCAAGCUUUCUGACUUUGCCGAUGCACUUGAACACCCGCUCCGAGUCCCUAAGCCCAACACCAUUGAACUGAUCGCCAUGGACAUGCCGAUGGUGAGCGGCGACCGCAUCCACUGCCUGGACAUCCUAUUCGCCUUCACCAAGCGUGUGCUGGGUGACAGUGGUGAGCUGGACAUGUUACGACAGCAAAUGGAGGAGCGUUUUGUGGCAGCCAAUCCCUCCAAGGUCUCUUACGAGCCCAUCACCACCACUCUGAGGCGCAAGCAGGAGGACGUGUCCGCCAGAAUCAUUCAAAGGGCCUACCGCUCCUACCUGGCCAGGCGGGGCUUUGUCUGCAAGCGCAAACCAGCCAAUAACAAAGUAGAGAAUGGCGGGAAGAAUCAGGAACAGGAAAAAAAGGAGAGCACACCCUCAACUGCCUCCCUGCCCUCUUAUGACAGUGUAACCAAACCUGACAAGGAAAAACAGGAUGACGACAACAACGAGGGCAAGGGAGGGAGGAAAGAGAAAGGAAGAAACCAAAAAGACAUCAGGGAAUCUAAAUGUUAAGAGCGUCGGAUAAAUAAUCACAGUAAUGACAAUAAAAAUUAUAAUAAUUUAACAUCAAGCAGAGGAAACUCACCUACACAGAUGUACAGAUUAUUUCAUUUGCAAGUCAGAAAAAAAAUAAUAUUCAGUAAUUUUGUUUACAGACUUCAUUCUUAUAUCAAUGCAGAGGGAAGCCGCUUGGUCAGUUCCAGCUUGGAGACUCUUGAACUUCAGUCAAAACCAAACAUAAUCAGCAUACUGUGUGACAUUGUUGUAUCUACACUACUGAUCUUAACAAAAAGGGAAUGGAAAAACAGACACGGAACACGUCUGUUGCUCACUUACCACAGGUCUACAGAUAAGACAAAGUAACUCUACACCAGGAGGUUUAGAGCAGGAUGGAAAAAAAAACACUAAAGGAGUCCGACGCCUGGAUGCAAGUCAUGGAAUCCUCUGGAAGACGGUGUCGUAAAGGAAAAAACAAGGAGGCUGCUCGAUUCCGAAGGAUUGUUCUCUUAAAGCAGCCAAUGGUUCUGUGUCAUUAAGAAUGAAUUGAAUUGUAAUAGAGGAGGAAAUGACACAAUCUCUCUAUAAGAGCAAACAGAGGGAUGACUGGUGAGUGAAAGACACAAAUGACAGAGAGCGUUUGGACGUACUUCUUUUCUUUUAUUAAAGCUAGAUAUUGUUAAUUUGAGCAACAAAAAUGCAAACAAGAUAAAAAAAAAGAACAAUAUUCAACAUUUUGCCCAUGUCACUUACCUCUUCUACUCAUUUUAUCUUUGUUAUACCCACAUAAAACAAAAAAACAAAAAAACAAAACGCUUUUUUUUACAUGGGCUUUCACACCAAUUGGUUAAGGGUCUGUUUAUUAUGGGGUCAACUCGGGCCAAGGGCUUACAUUUACUCCGAAAGAUUUCCAAACAAAUACAUAAAUAAUUGUGCUUGUUCAAUGCAUAGAAAUGACUUGCAUGAUGGCAUGUUUUGAUCAGAAAUCUUGCAUGAAUUAUCAUAGUCCACAAGACACUAAUACUCAGACCACAGCGGUGGCUCGACUGUACGAUCGAGACAUUGUCAAAAUUUGAAAGUUCAGAGAAGUUAAGAGUAAUUUGUUUAACAAAGAUAUAAGUGAUAUGGGGGUUGAUAUAAUCUAAAAAGGUUCCGACGUUUUAUCUCAUUACGCAAUACAUUUCAGAUGACUAUGUUAAACCGUUGCCUCUAUAGACAGAAGAAUGGUUAUACAACACCACCACGGUGGAUCGGUGGGUGAAAUCCAAACGAUUACUUGCUGCUCUGGAGAUUUCGAGUGUGUACGAUGUAGAAGUGGAUGCUUGUUAACGUGGGAUUUGAAAUGUUCGUUCAUCUGGACUGAAACGUUUUCAAGGGCGCAACACUUUGCAAUUUAAAGCUUAUAUUUAUCAUUUGUACGCACCUAUGUAAUGUUCCAUACCAUCUGCCUUUAGUUGUGCGUGAGCUGGCAUUUUGGGGGGUCCUACUGUUGGUUAGAAGUGGUUUUUGGGGGAUUUCACAGGUUUGGCAAACUCCGUCAUAUUUCUGAUGUUUCUCUAUGGUUGAGAAGAGUUCUGAUUAUUGUUCAGUUUACAUUAUUUGAUGCCAUGUUUUUAAAUGUGUGUUCAUUUAUUUAUUUAUUUUGCCUGAUGUAAAUUUCAUGUUAUGGUAAAGUUAUAUUUUCAGAUUUCUAAACCACAUGUUGAUGGCAAGGGAAACGGUCUCGGGCUGGAACACGUUUGUUGGGUGUUAGCUGUGUCCUAUUUAAACCAGAAGCAGAAAAUGAUGAAUGGGUGAUGAUAACAUUGUGUGUGGAGAAGCCAAAGAGAUCUGCCUUGUUAUCCCUUGUUGCCCUUUUGUCAAUGGAGUGGGAUUGGGUGAAGUCUGCCCUGCCCAUUUUGUUUUUUUUCGCUGUCAUUAUUAGACAGAGAGACCCUAGAAAUGUAUGCAAUGCUUGAAAAAUUCAUCUGUUUUCUCAGGAGAUAAUAUAGAUGUACUAUUGUGAGCUCUGCAAACAAAAUGCAAGUGAAUGUGAUGGGAGUAUUAAUGAAAUCAUGUUUUACUCUUUUUGUGUUUCAUGCCAUGUCGAUGGACAAUGAUCUGGGCGGGGCCGCCCUGUUGUGGCAGCCGCCCGGUCAGGGGCCACUUCAGAGCUUCCUGCUUAUGAUGCCUAGAAUUAUAGGGCUAGGUGCAUCUCAGUGAAACAGCAACAUUUUGCUCGCUUGUAAUGGCGGUUUUUCUGUUGCUAGUGGAUUACAUUUGUGGUUAAGUCACUAAUGGAAUGUAGUCUGGUCUCAAUUAACGUCAGUAAACAAAAUAAUAACAAUAAUAACAAUUGUCCACCCCGAUAGCAAUCACAGAUACAGGAAACACUGUGAGGAGAUGUCAUGAGAGGGAAUUGGGAUAUGUUGGUUUGAGCGAAACACAGAAGUGGUGACACUCAGUGGAUCGGCCCCAUGUUUUAGUAUUCAACAACAACAAAGUGCUCUGAGCCUCUCAUUCGUCACUUUUCUCCACAUCGCUCUAUUGCAUAACAAAUACCAAAUACCCAUCAGAGCACUGGAUGCUUUCCUAUGGUACUGUGAGCCUAAGCACCACACCAGAGCUUUUGCACUUCCUGUUGUGCAGUGAUGUCACUUCCUGUUUAUGAAUAACUUCCCUCAUCCGUUUCUCGAGUCCUACACGGUCCAGCUGCUGCAUGAGAUCUCCAAAAUCAGUGUGGUUGUUAACUUGAAUCAAAUAAAACUCUGAAUGAUAAAAGCAUAAAAGCUACUGCCGUCCAUUUUCUCCGAGAUUACCAUGGAUAUCCAGAAUGACGCCUAAAAAAAAUAGACAAACAUUCAUACAUUUGGGGGAAAAAAAAUAAGUACACUUGUUGUAUGCGGCACAAACUGCAAAAGCUAAGAA